UUUUGGCACUAUUAGUUAACUAUAACUACGUUGUAUAUUGAUUACAUUACACUAGAUGACCUCCAAGCAAGCGACAACGAUAAGCGGUGUAGAAAGCGGUCUUGGCUCUUGGAUCACCCGAUUCUCUCCCACGAACCCUUGGUCACGAUAAAAACACACAGGAACUACAAGUAUUUACGGGACUUUCUAAUUUUAAGUUCAGUAACCCCUCCCAAGAUCGAUAUUUAUUUUACAACAAUAAAGAUUAGUUGUCCGGUGUAAAAUGCCGAAGCCAAAGUCUCUUCUGAAAGACUCCAAAGCCAAGAACAAAAGGAAAACCACACAGCAGGCUCCCGAGACUGCAGAUGAGUUCUUAGCUGUUGGCGUCGAACAGGAAGAGGCUGGCGAAAAAUGGCGGGCUGGUGACGCAGCAAAAUCUAUGCGCUUUUUUAUGCGUGCCAUCGCAACUUAUGAUGACGGCCUGAAAAAGUAUCCUCAUGCAUUUGACUUGGCAUACAACAAAGCAAGAGUUCAAUAUGAAAUCACCCAGCACCCCAAGUUGGCUGCACAGCUGCCUGCUCCACUAGCAGAUAUUUUGAACAUAACACUACAGUCCCACAGGGAGGCCCUCAAUCUAGAUCAAGACAAUGCGGAUGCUCUUUUCAACACUGCUCAAGUGCUCACAAGCCUUGCUGAGGUAGUCACGGAUACCAAACAUCCGUCUGACGCACAGCUUUGCCGGGCUGUCAAAUACCUGCAGGAGGCAAUAGAGCUCUUCCAACGUUGUCUCAUUAUUCAAGAGAUGCGAUAUACUGAAAUGCAGGAACAGAUCAAAUUGAUGGAGUCUGGAAAUGUGGGCCCGCGCGAAGAAGAAAUGCAAGAGCAAACUAUGCAGGAAGGCGCAGAGGAUGCAGGCGAGUCGAAGCCUUCUGAUCAACAAGAGCAAUGGGCUGCUGUUAUUGAGCCAGUGACCAAGGAUACCCUCGUUGACACAGCGGUGGCACAGUUGGAGACGCUCACAACUCUCUGCAACUUGCUUACCUUUAAUCCUGGGGUCGGCCUUGGUUGGGUUGAAGAAUCCUCUGCAGACUUGCUCCAAGAGAAGAUCUCUGCAUACGUUGAGGGUUCUAGCAGACACUACGAGGCAUCUUUGGCCCGUGCCAAAUUUACCUGUGCUCUGAACGAGGUGUUGUACCGAAGUGGGCGAAUCGAGGUUGAAACUUAUCAAACAGAAAUCACACAUGUCUUUGGUCCUGAUCUAAACCUCUCUGCGGACCCCGAAGGCCUCUGUAGCAAAGCAGAUGCGCUCACGUCGUUCAACACAGCCGUUACGGAUUUGCCUCCCUCGAAUGACCAUGAGGUGUUUACGAAGUCACUAAUGUUGCGUUGGCAAUCGCUAUCGGUUGCUUUGGAUGCUUUGACGAAGGCUUCCAAACUUCCUGAUGCAGAUAAUCUGCCCAAAAUUCAUGUUGCACGAGGAGACGUAGAGAUGAAUAGGUGGAGACUUGGCAUGCCUCCGUGGGAAUACACCAUGGCUCAACAAAAUGCCACUAUUCUCCUCCGGAACGCUCAAACAUACUAUCGAGGCGCUGCAGCUCUCGCACGCAGGGACGGGAAUGCAGACGAAGAACGUGAUGGAACGUGCAAGGAAGCCUUGGCAGCCGCUUUAGAAGGCCAGAAAGACAAAUUGCAACAGCUCAAAGCCACCGCAUUUAAGGAGCUUAUGAUCGUUGCGGAAGAUGUGGUGGAUGACGGGUGGCUAAGCCCCGGGGAUAUGGAAGCACUGCUGUCGUAAAUCUGCCCCACUUAUCAGGUCAGUAAGGCAGCUCGUUCGCGCAUGGUGACGUUCUGCGCGUCGUAGGCAACAAGUAUUUAGCCACCAAUCAUAUAUCCGAUCUAGCUUUAACUUCUUCUUCCAUCUGUAAAGCCUCCUUGCGAAGAUUGUGCUCCGCACUAAACUGCGUAGCAGCGGUCGCAGCGCCCUCCAAGUCUGCAACCACAGACUCAA